CCCGCCCCGCCGCCCGCUCCGCCCUCCCUGCCGUCCGCGCCGCCGCCGCCGCCGCCGCCGCCACCGCUACUGCUGCGGGGGCCGCGGGGGGCGCAGCUGGGGCGCGGCUCGGAGGGGGGGCUAGGGGGCCGUGCCAGGCUCGAAGCCGAGGGGGUCCGGGAUGCGGCGCUGAGGCCCAGCAUGGCCAGCCCGUGCCCCACCUUCCCGCUGCACCGGCUCGUCUGGGCGAACCGGCAUCGCGAACUGGAGGCCGCACUGCACAGCCACCAGCACGACAUUGAACAGGAGGACCCCCGCGGGCGGACCCCGCUGGAACUGGCCGUGUCUCUGGGAAACCUGGAGUCUGUGAGAGUGCUCCUUCGACACAAUGCCAACGUGGGCAAAGAGAACCGCCAGGGCUGGGCAGUCCUGCAGGAGGCAGUCAGCACUGGAGACCCUGAGAUGGUGCAGCUGGUGCUCCAGUAUCGGGACUACCAGAGGGCUACACAGAGGCUGGCAGGCAUUCCGGAACUGCUCAACAAACUUCGCCAGGCCCCCGAUUUCUACGUGGAGAUGAAGUGGGAGUUCACCAGCUGGGGUGAGUGGGGACCUCUGGGCUCCCAGGGAUUUGGGGUGGGGCCUUUGGGAAGACUCCCAGUGACCCCUGUGCACCCUGCAGUGCCCCUUGUGUCCAAGAUGUGCCCGAGCGAUGUGUACCGCGUGUGGAAGCGGGGUGAGAGCCUGCGAGUAGACACCAGUCUCCUGGGCUUCGAGCACAUGACCUGGCAGAGGGGCCGGAGGAGUUUCAUCUUCAAGGGCCAGGAGGCAGGAGCCCUGGUGAUGGAGGUGGACCAUGACCGGCAGGUGGUGCAUGCGGAGACGCUGGGGCUCACUCUGCAGGAGCCCGAAGCACUGCUGGCCGCCAUGCGGCCCAGCGAGGAGCAUGUGGCCAGCCGCCUCACCUCUCCUAUCGUCUCCACCCACCUGGACACUCGUAAUGUGGCCUUUGAGAGGUCGGUCGGGGCCUGGCACACCGUGGGUGGGAGGGGGACAGACAGCAAGAGCCAUCCUUAAUGAGGGCAGGGCGAUCUUUGAAGAUCCUGGUUCAGGCCUCUGGGCUCACUCACCAGGGGCUGCUCAGGGGCAGGUGGGUUGCUGCAGCCCGUGUCUCACUCAGACUGCCAGGGUGGUAGGGCUCCUGUGGCCACCUUUGUAGGGCGAGGUCAGGUCAAGAUGUCCGCAGUUUCUUGACUUCUGACCUCAUGUGCUUUCCCAUUAAGACAAAGAUUUAGGCUGUGGUUCACGGCAGCUGUUUGCACCAAUGUUGGCUUGUCAUUGGUGUGGCUGUGUUGGGGGCAGAAUCCUUUGUGGGUAGCCUAGGAACCUGACCCUUCCAGCAAGAGCUUCUCUGACAACAUAUGCCCCCUCUUGCCUUAACAGUCAAUGGAAACAUUAAAAAAAAAAAAAAAAAAAAAAAAACUUUAUUGA